AGCCCGCCCCUUCCUGGUCAUGUGACUCUGAUGUCACAGCCUGCCCGGUCGCAUCUGCGUUCUUGAUCUUCUCCGGGACGGUGGGAACGAGAGAAGCGGUCACAAUGUCCCGCGGCUCCAUCGAGAUCCCUCUCCGGGACACUGACGAGGUCAUCGAGCUUGACUUCGACCAGUUACCGGAGGGGGACGAGGUGAUCAGUAUCCUGAAGCAGGAGCACACCCAGCUGCACAUAUGGAUCGCCCUGGCGCUGGAGUAUUACAAGCAGGGGAAGACGGAAGACUUUGUGAAGCUGCUGGAGGCGGCUCGGAUCGACGGCAACCUGGACUACCGGGACCACGAGAAGGACCAGAUGACCUGCCUGGACACCCUGGCCGCGUACUACGUCCAGCAGGCCCGGAAGGAGAAGAAUAAGGACAGCAAGAAAGAGCUGAUCACCCAGGCCACCCUGCUGUACACCAUGGCCGACAAGAUCAUCAUGUACGACCAGAACCACUUGCUGGGCAGAGCCUGCUUCUGCCUGCUGGAGGGCGACAAGAUGGACCAGGCGGACGCGCAGUUUCACUUUGUUCUCAACCAGUCGCCAAAUAACAUUCCUGCUUUGCUCGGAAAGGCCUGCAUCUCCUUUAACAAGAAGGACUACAGGGGCGCUCUGGCCUAUUAUAAGAAGGCGCUGCGUACCAACCCCGGCUGCCCAGCCGGGGUCCGGUUAGGAAUGGGCCACUGUUUCGUGAAACUCAACAAGCUGGAUAAAGCUCGAUUGGCCUUCGGACGGGCGCUGGACCUGAACCCCAAAUGCGUUGGUGCCUUGGUGGGUUUGGCGGUUCUAGAGCUUAAUAACAAAGAGGCAGAUUCCAUCAAAAAUGGCGUCCAGCUGCUGUCGAAAGCGUACACGAUUGACCCCAGCAACCCCAUGGUCCUCAAUCAUCUGGCCAAUCACUUUUUCUUCAAGAAGGAUUACAGCAAAGUUCAGCAUCUCGCUCUCCACGCCUUUCACAACACGGAGGUGGAGGCCAUGCAGGCGGAGAGCUGCUACCAGCUGGCCCGAUCCUUCCACGUGCAGGAGGAUUACGAUCAGGCUUUUCAGUAUUACUACCAGGCCACGCAGUUUGCCGCCGCCUCCUUUGUGCUGCCAUUUUUUGGACUGGGACAGAUGUACAUUUACAGGGGGGACAAGGAGAAUGCGGCUCAGUGCUUCGAGAAGGUUCUCAAGGCGUAUCCUAACAACUACGAAACCAUGAAAAUCCUCGGGUCACUGUACGCCGCCUCCGAGGACCAGGAGAAGAGGGAUAUUGCAAAGAGUCACUUGAAGAAGGUGACUGAGCAGUACCCCGAUGACGUGGAGGCCUGGAUUGAGCUGGCUCAGAUUUUGGAGCAGACAGACAUCCAGAACGCCCUCUCGGCCUACGGUACAGCCACUCGGAUCCUGCAGGAGAAGGUGCAGGCCGACGUGCCCCCCGAGAUCCUCAAUAACGUGGGGGCUCUUCACUACCGCCUGGGCAACCUGGGAGAAGCAAAGAAGUAUUUCCUGGCCUCCCUGGACCGCGCCAAAGCAGAAGCCGAACACGAUGAGCAUUACUACAGCGCCAUCUCUGUCACCACCAACUACAACCUGGCGAGACUGUACGAGGCGCUGUGCGAAUUCCACGAGUCCGAGAAACUGUACAAAAACAUCCUCAGGGAGCAUCCAAACUAUGUGGACUGUUACUUACGUCUUGGAGCGAUGGCCAGAGACAAAGGAAAUUUUUAUGAGGCGUCUGAUUGGUUUAAGGAGGCUCUUCAGAUUAACCAGGAUCACCCUGACGCUUGGUCCUUGAUUGGAAACCUUCACUUGGCCAAGCAGGAAUGGGGUCCUGGACAGAAGAAGUUUGAGAGGAUUUUGAAGCAGCCAUCGACCCAGAAUGACACCUACUCUAUGCUGGCGCUGGGUAACGUGUGGCUGCAGACGCUGCACCAACCCACCCGAGACCGGGAGAAGGAAAAACGUCACCAGGACCGGGCGCUGGCCAUCUAUAAACAGGUGCUGAGAAACGACUCCAAGAAUCUGUAUGCUGCAAACGGCAUCGGGGCUGUGUUGGCGCACAAAGGAUACGUGCGAGAAGCCCGUGAUGUGUUUGCCCAGGUCAGAGAGGCGACUGCCGAGAUCAGCGACGUCUGGCUCAACCUGGCCCACAUCUACGUGGAGCAGAAACAGUACAUCAGCGCCGUGCAGAUGUAUGAAAACUGUCUGCGCAAAUUCUACAAGCACCAGAACACGGAGGUGCUGCUGUACCUCGCCCGAGCCUUGUUCAAGUGCGGGAAACUGCAGGAGUGUAAGCAGAUUCUGCUGAAGGCUCGCCAUGUGUCCCCCAAUGACACCGUCCUCAUGUUCAAUGUGGCCCUGGUGCUGCAGAGACUCGCCACGUUGGUGCUGAAAGACGAGAAGAGCAACUUGAAGGAAGUACUGAACGCCGUCAAAGAGCUGGAGCUCGCCCACCGAUAUUUCAAUUACUUGAGCAAAGUCGGUGAUAAGAUGAGGUUUGAUUUGGCUCUUGCUGCUUCCGAGGCCAGACAAUGCUCGGACCUUCUGAGUCAGGCUCAGUAUCAUGUGGCCCGGGCUCGUAAGCAGGAUGAGGAGGAGAAGGAGCAGCGCGCCAAGCAAGAGCAAGAGAAGGAGGUCCUGCGUCAGAAGCUGCAGAAGGAACAGGAAGAGAAAAAACUCAAGGAGAUCGAGGAGCAGAAGAAACUCUUGGAGCAGAGAGCGCAGUAUGUGGAGAAGACCAAAAACAUCUUACAGUUUACUGGAGAGAUGGAGGGUCCCAAAGAGAAGAAACGAGGUGGUGGUGGCCGGAGAUCCAGAAAGAACGGGGAGUUUGAUGAGUUUGUCAACGACGACUCUGAUGAGGAUCUGCCGAGCAAGAAGAAGAGAAGGAAGAAGGGCGGCAGCAGCAGUGGAGGAGAGCAGGAAGGAGGAGAGGAGAAUGAAGGAGAGAAGAAGACGAAAAAGCGGAGGAGACGGCCCCAGAAGUCUGGCGAAGGAUCAGACGAUGAUGAGGAGCAACGUCCCCGUGCCAAAAAGAGACCGCCAAAGAAGAAGCCGAUUAGAGUGGAGAGAACUCCGGCCUCCAUGAAAGGGAAGAUCAAGUCGAAAGCUAUGAUCUCCUCCAGCGACGACUCUUCAGAUGAGGACAAACUCAAAAUUGCAGAUGAAGGAAAUGCCCGGAACAGCAACAGCGACUCAGACGGCGACACCCGACCUUCUAAUAAGCGCAUAAUGUCCGAUAGCGACUCUGAUGGCGGAAACAAAUCUGGAAGCGAUGCAGGCAGUGGGCAGAAAUCGCAGCAGUCCGGCGGCGAAUCCGACGACAACGCCUGGGCAAGGAAGAGGCGGAGAGUGGAAUCUGGAUCUGAUAACGACUCGGUCCGGUCAAGGCGAAGCGGAUCUGGCGCAUCAGAUAACGAAUCACGAGCUGCGUCCCGAAGCCCAGGGUCAGACAGGGAGUCCGGAAACGAGGGAUCUGCCAGAGGAUCCGGAAAUGAGUCUGAGCCAGAAGUGUCAAACAACGAAAAGUCUGAGCGCGGAUCCGACGACGACAGCGACUGACGCGUGAAACUUUCUUGUAAUUAAUGUAAAUUAGACAAAAAGAAACCUCCUUAAAAAUAAUGUGGAGUUUUCUAAGCUUUGGCGUCUGUGGCCGAAGAUUUUCCUGACGUUUCGUUUGUAACGUUCCAGUGUUAUCACAUCUGACCGGACAACUGCGACUGUUACCUCGGAUUGUACGUCUUGUAACGUGUGUAUAUGAGGCGGUUUUUUCCACUCCUGAACUCCAUUUUUUUAUAUAAUGUUGAGUAACAAAUAUUUUUCAUGUCUUCUCUGGUCACAUCCAAAGCUGCGUUCACCGUGCCGCUGCUUUACUCAUUCUCCAGCCUGGCACUGUGCCUUAGUGUAUGCAGCUUGGGGUAUGACUGGAGUAUAAUGCGUAAUGGUACCGACAAUGAAGGCCAAGUUCACACCUCAGUUAUUUCCAUCAGGGUACGCGGGAAGGGUCGGCCCCUGUUCUGUGGUUUUGGCUCAAAAUCACUGAUGGCAAUAACGGAAGUGUGAACUCGGCCUAAGGGCUCAUUCACACGGCU